AUGGAGACUGAUCAGCAGCAGAAGGAGAUAAUUGGAUGGGUUGGGCAGGUUCUUGGAGAGAACAUGGAGGGAGCUGGGUUUCACGAGCUUUUCAAGGAUGGAGUAAGACUCUGCAGGUUUCUGUGCAAGGUGGCGUCACUCAACAUCAGGUACAAGCAGUCGAACCAGAUAUUUGUACAAAGAGAAAACAUAUGCUCGUUCAUCAAUGGACUGAAGACAUUGAAUAUGAAUGAAUACGAGCUAUUUCAGACGAACGACUUGUUUGAGGCAAAAGAUCUGAGGCAGGUUGUUAUCUGUAUGUAUGCACUGAGCAGGCAGCUACAGAAAGAAAAGAGAUUUGAAGGCCCGUUUAUUGGGCCGCACCUUGCCACCAAAUCAAAGAUUGAGUUUAGCCAGGAAAUGCUUGACAGAAGCAAAUAUGCAAUCCAUCUGCAAAUGGGAUAUUCAGACCCUGAGGUGUUUGGAGAGCCUAAAGCGGUGCCUAGCACCGUUGAUGACCUGAAAACAGAUGGCUCUUAA